ACCGUCCACGCCCCACUUCUUCUGGCACGCGCACGCGUCUUCACGCCCCGCCCGAAAAGCGCAACGCGCAGAUCCCCUAUACGCGAUACCCCAAUCGAAGAAGAGAGGAAAAAGAAAGCGAGCUCUGCGGCGGAGCCAUGUCCGGGGCCGGGGAGUACCAGGAGAUGGCCGCGUCGGUGCCGCCGGCGCUCAAGGCCAUCACGCUCACCCACGUCCGCUACCACCGGGGCGACAGGGUCGGCCUCUUCCUCGCGUGGGUCUCCCUAAUCCCCGUCUUCAUCAGCCUCGGCGGCUUCAUCUCCCACUUCAUGUUCCGCCGCGAGCUGCAGGGCAUCUGCUUCGCCUUGGGGCUCCUCGUCUCGCAGGUCCUCAACGAGCUCAUCAAGCACUCCGUCGCGCAGUCCCGCCCGGCCUCGUGCGAGCUGCUCGAGACCUGCGACUCCCACGGAUGGCCGUCCAGCCACGCGCAGUACACCUUCUUCUUCGCCACGUACCUCUCGCUCUUCGUGCUCCGGAGGUCGCCGGCGAGCCGCGUCAUGGCCGCCUUCUCAUGGCCUCUCGCGUUCCUCACCAUGCUCUCCAGGGUGUAUCUCGGCUACCACACCGUCCCGCAGGUUUUCGCGGGAGCAGUAGUCGGCCUUGUAUUUGGUGCUAUCUGGUACUGGUUCGCCAACACCAUUCUUGCUCAAUACUUCCCAAUGAUUGAGGAGAGCGCAAUUGGGAGGUGGUUUUAUAUCAAGGAUACUUCACAUAUUCAAGAUGUGCUCAAGUUUGAGUAUGAUAAUGCAAGGGCGGCAAGGAAGAAAGUUGCUACUGAUUGAGGAUUGCAGGUUUCUGCUCAUGGAUUAUAUGGUUGGUCUAUCUCAGGGAGGGUAAGAACUUGUGUGGCAUGGCAAGAUGUUUGCUUCGUUGAAGCUGCACGCGAACCCAUGUACUCCUAGCUGGACUUUUAUUAGAAGAGAAGCCCAUUGGAGUUGUGGUGUUUUUUUUGCUUUUCCUGGCCAUAAGCCAUUGUUCUUUUUAACCCCAGACCCUUGUAUUCAUUUGGCGAUGAGUUGAUUUUCGUUUACAUUUGGACAAAGACCACAGCUUUUUUGUACUCGACUGAAUUAUAUCUGUGCCAUAUAUUGUUCAUAUAGAUGGUGUAUUUUUUGUUUA